CUGAGUUUUGCCACACAUGGAGAACAAAAAGAUUCAAAGUGGAAUAUUCCUUUUUGCAAUAACAGUUUUGUCGAGUUUGUACCUCAUAUCGAGUAGCCUACCUUAUAGAAAGACCAAUUUUUUCCAGGUUGCCAUUCAAUGAUAAAUGACUCUUGUCAAUAUUUUAGACAAUUGGAUAUCUACCAUUUCCAAAGCGGCCUCACGCACGAGCCCAUGUCAUAGGCCUACAUACAACACAAUUAGAGGUCUAUAGCUAAAGCACUAGGCUAUUUCAAAAUAUCAACCUCUAUGUAUGAUGUACAUCAUGCCGUCGAUACUAAAAUCCCAUAAUUACCGUUCAUCGAUGUAAUAAUUUUGUGAAGCCAACGCACAUAACUGAUAUAUUACACAAUUUGGCACUGAUAUUGAAGUAUUAGGUGAGAGAGUAUUGUGGUUAGGUAAAUAAAUACCUAACUCUACAUUUCUAAGAUGUGAUUGUAUCUCCUUACAUCUCCAUAAUAGUACUUUGUGGAUACAUAUCCUCUGACGUAGCCAGAUCAAUGCUCUACUCACGGUUGAUUGCUGGAUUUUCAGGAAAAGUGUUGGAAACCGUUAACACUUAGGCUAGUAACUUCAAAUACAAUUAAACACUAUUAUCUUAUUUUUACUCCUUGCGUUUAUAAUCCAAUGCAUUCGUUUCAGAGGCUCGAGAUGUGUCGUUAUGUAGACUAUACGUAGAGUUAUUUGUUGGUGAGCUGAGAAACUUCACUUGGUUUUAUUGCCCUUCACAGAAGAGACCCUAAACGCAUUCUUAUCACCCCCACCCUUCCCCCUAACAAUCUGAAUUACCCGUUAAGAGCCGAGGCACGAUAAUGACCUACAAGUCAUGUAAUGCUAUUUCAUACACGAUGUAAAACAUAGAAAGAAUGUGAAAAAUUCUUGCCCAUGCAAAAACACAAGAACCAACAGAGCACGCGAGUUUUAUGAGCGUGCUGCCAAUACAUAAACAUCUGAUUUGAAUACAACCCACACUGAAUAUGUACAUAGCGUUGACGACAAACAAUACAUUAUCUUACAUAUUACAUUGUACUUUUUAGUGGCAUUCCCAAUAUGCAAAUAUGUGCGUGCGAACUACAUCGUCCUUAUGUGUAAAUGUGUUAUAUAUUUACACACACACGCACACACACAGACAGACAGACAGACAUACACACACCUCACACACAACACACACCACACACACAAACACAGACAGACACACCAUGCUACAUAAGCAGGUAAAACAGAUGUAGAGAUAUCAAUUUACUUAUCCCAUUUAUAAACUUACAUAAAUACUCAAAUGUCAAUUCAGUUACACGAUUAUUCUGGUUCUGGACAGCAGUUUGAUAUUGCCGACAUAUACACGUCACUUAUAUAUUUAUAUUGUCUUGUUUUCUUGCUCAGUAGGCUAUGUCCCACUAACUUAAUGCAUGCAUGCGUUUUCUGGAUGCAUUUUUAGAGCUAUAGCUGGUUAGCUAAAAGCUACAGUUUCCUUGCUCUCAAUUGGUGGAGAAUGGUCAGCUGACAUUGUCAUAUUGUCCCUCUCUAGAGCUAAGCGAUCAGCUAUAACACUCCGGUUUGUGCGUCUUACCGGAGAUUGGAAAUUAAUAAUAUUGAAACCACAAGGACCCGUCUAUUUAUAGAAGCAGCGAAAGGGUAAAAGAAAGGUUUUGCAAAGGCGUGUGAGCAGCCAGCAACAUAUACAUAAUAAGAGAGAGGGAAAGGGGGAGCUACUGAGAGGGGAAAGUGGAGAAGAAAAGACUGAUAAAGAAGUGCGGAGAGUUGAAGAAGAAGGGUUACAUGCAAGGUAUGAAUUCGUAUUUCGCAAACCCGUCGCUCUCCUGCCAUUUAUCCGGUGGUCAAGAUGUUUUGCCAAGCGUGCCACUAAAUUCCACCACUUAUGACACAGUGAGACAUUUUUCGUCGUAUGGGGCUGCUGUGACCCAGAAUCGGAUAUACGCAAAUCCUUUCUAUUCUCCCCAAGACAAUGUUGUUUUUGGGCCGAGCCGGGCAUCCUAUGAGUAUGGAUCUAAUUUGUUUCUUCAAGACAAGGAUGGGGGUCUUGCCAGUUGCAGACAAACAACAAGCAUGGGACUGAAUGCACAAAACCACAUUACUCAGGAGUACAGUUUGGAUCAAGCCAGAGGUGGAUCGCAGGAGCAGAAAGCUAACGUCCAGAUAUACCCGUGGAUGCAGCGAAUGAACUCUCACAGCGGAGUUGGGUAUGGGUCAGACAGACGCAGAGGACGCCAGAUAUACUCCCGUUACCAAACACUGGAACUGGAGAAGGAAUUCCAUUUCAACCGCUAUCUAACCAGACGUAGACGUAUCGAAAUAGCAAACGCUCUCUGUUUGACAGAACGUCAGAUCAAAAUUUGGUUCCAGAACCGUCGUAUGAAAUGGAAGAAAGAGAGCAAUCUAACGUCGACGGUGACGGGAAGUGAAUCGACAGGGGCCUCGGUGGAGAAGGAACGAGACGCCAUGGAAGAGGAGAAAGAUGAGGAAAAGAAAGAGAAAGAAUGAAAUACAUUUUAAACUAAAUCAUGAAACUCCACUAAACUACCUAGCCAUUCAAAGACCACAAACUCCCCUGCAUGAUAUUAUUCUGCUAUUUGUCCCUCUCUCACAAACUCGUAGCCUACGCGCGGGUAAAAACUUGCAAUAUUCUGCAAUUCAGAUCAUUUUUGCCUGAAAAAGCAUAUAGUCAACUGAUAGCGCUUUAUAUCUCGUGGCAUAAUGUCCUUUGUCAUAGUCAUGCUAUUUGUGUUGUGAAAUUAAUUUAUCCCCCAAAUUUCCCCAUUUUAAAAUGGAUCGUUUGGAUCACUUCAGUCAAUUCACAUAGGUCAGUGUUGGGCAUGGUUUACAAACACAAUAGGGCAUAAGCAUUCCAAAUGUGAAGAAAAUGCUAAGGCAUACUUGUUUCGUUUUUGUUCAUGUACUUGAAUCUUUACUUUCCCAUGAAUCCCAUCGCAAUAUGCUUCCUGCAAAUAUCCUGAAAGCUCUCACGGGGUGAACUACACUACCUAAAUUGUAGAUAUGCCUGUAUAUAUUCUAUGUAUGCCCAUAUAUACUCUGUGAGGGCUUUAUGUGCAUUCUGCUGCUUACCAUUGUUUAGCAUAAUAACCGUUUAUGGUUACCCAAGACUACCUAAUAAAACGGGGAAAUAAUAUACGAGAAAUCAAUCACUUUGUUUAAGGUUGUGAAUUUAUGUUUUGUCAUAGUUGUGUAUCAUUGAAUAAAAUGUUU